UUAUAAGAAAUUCAAGCGAUUCUACACUUCCCGACUACGCGAACCUGUAGUUUUGUGUAGUGCCAUGGACGGACGUUUAGAGACGGAUUUGUAUCCUUUGGGAUCCAGCUACGUCGCCGAUAUAGAUAGUGUCCAUGAUAUAACUGUUGGCACAAAGAGGGGAUCUGACGAACUCUUUUCCUCCUGCUUAUCUAACGGGCCAUAUAUCAUGAGCUCAGGAGCAGCAAAUGGUAAUGACAGCAAAAAGUUCAAAGGUGACAUCAGGAGCCCAGGCAUUCCAUCUCGAGUUGUCCAUGUCCGUAAAUUACCGAAUGACAUAAAUGAAGCAGAAGUGAUUUCCUUGGGGCUGCCCUUCGGCAAAGUGACCAACCUACUGAUGCUCAAGGGGAAAAACCAGGCUUUCCUAGAGAUGAACACAGAAGAAUCUGCACAGACGAUGGUGAGCUACUACUCCUCAGUCACGCCUGUUAUCCGAAACCACCCAGUCUUCAUGCAGUACUCCAAUCACAAGGAGCUGAAGACAGACAACUCCCCUAACCAAGUGAGGGCACAGGCAGCACUGCAGGCAGUAAAUGCGGUCCAGACAGGCAGCAUGUCGAUGGGGAGUGUGGAUGGAGGUGGUUCAGGAAACCAGAGCCCUGUGCUAAGAGUCAUUGUGGAAAACCUCUUCUACCCAGUCACUCUGGAUGUUCUGCACCAGAUCUUUUCCAAGUUUGGCACUGUGCUGAAGAUCAUAACCUUUACCAAAAACAGCCAGUUCCAGGCUCUUGUGCAGUACUCUGAUGCCAUGACUGCUCAGCAUGCCAAGCUGUCUUUAGAUGGGCAGAACAUCUACAAUGCCUGCUGCACCCUGCGCAUCAGCUUCUCCAAACUGACCAGCCUCAAUGUGAAGUACAACAACGACAAGAGCAGAGACUACACUCGGCCAGACCUGCCCUCUGGAGACAGUCAGCCCUCGCUCGACCCACAGGCCAUGGCUGCCACUGCCUUUACAGCAGCUCCUGGUAUCAUCUCCGCAGCCCCCUAUGCCAGUGCUCAUGGCUUCCCACCUGCAUUUGCCAUCCAGCAGGCAGCAGGUCUGUCCCUACCAGCCAUGCCUGCUAGUGCUCUGGCCUCACUGGGUGUCCCAGGUGCUGCCGCAGCAGCUGCUGCGGCUGCUGCAGCCGGCCGCCUUGGCCUGACCAGCCUGGGAGCCGGAGGACACAGCGUUCUGCUGGUCAGCAACCUGCACCCAGAGAGCGUUACGCCCCAAUGCCUCUUUAUUCUUUUCGGUGUGUAUGGUGAUGUCAUGAGAGUGAAGAUCCUCUUUAACAAGAAAGAGAAUGCCCUGGUGCAGAUGGCUGAUGGAACACAAGCCCAGUUGGCUAUGAGCCACCUGAAUGGGCAGAAACUGCAUGGAAAGUCCCUGCGCAUCACCCUGUCCAAACACACCACAGUGCAGCUUCCACGUGAGGGCCAUGAAGACCAAGGCCUCACCAAGGACUUCAGCAACUCUCCCCUGCACCGCUUCAAGAAGCCUGGCUCCAAAAACUACUCCAACAUCUUCCCUCCCUCGUCUACCCUGCACCUCUCCAACAUCCCACCUUCAGUUGGCGAAGAAGAUCUUAAAGGGCUGUUUAGAAGUUCAGGGGCAACGGUUAAGGCUUUCAAGUUUUUCCAGAAAGACCACAAGAUGGCACUCAUUCAGAUGGGCUCAGUAGAGGAGGCAAUCGCAUCGCUGAUUGAGUUUCACAAUCAUGACCUUGGAGAGAGUCAUCACCUUAGAGUGUCCUUCUCCAAGUCCACCAUCUGAGGAAGGGCUUAGUUAAGGGCUUGUAAUGUAGAGAAGAGGGUGAAAAGACUGUCACUUUAGACCAAACAUAAACCUUCCACAAUGUAUGCUGUGGAUUUUCCACAAAACACACUUCAUCAUUCCUUACCUUAUAUCUUUAUUCACAAGUAUGCUUGUCUAAGAUGAAUACUCUAGUAGACCAGAAGAGACCCAGAAAACCCAAUAUUUUUGUUUUGGUUUCAAGGUUUUGUUUUGGAGUAUUUUGUUUCACUCAGACUGUGUAGACACAAGCACUGGUGCAUACCAGGUCAUGGUUUGUGGGGAUUCUGAGAAAUGGUCUUGCUUUGGGUCAUAGAAUUGUCUAGUUUAUACUAUGUGCCUGUGAGGGGAACCAAUACAGUUUCAGGUUUGUCCACCUGAAUUUUUGUACCACUUUUGUUCUGGUACCUUCACACAUUGCCACCCCCCCUUUUUUCCCCUUUGCCUUGCAAUGCUGUGCCUUAAGUGGUGUUUGAAAUGCAUCUUCAUCUGCUGUUUGGCCUCAGUGCUAGCCCUGACUUUUUUGGGGGGGUGGGGGGGGUCUUAUUUGAACAUAAACCCAUUAACUGUUCUACAAAUACAUAUCAGAUCUAGCUUUUUUUUUUUAUACCCCUCAGUUUUAUUGUAUGAGACACAGCUUCACAUGGCUGACUUCUAAAUCACUCUCCUGUUUUCUAAGCUUUUUUUUCCAUGAUAGUUACUCUAUAUAUAAGGUUCCUUAUCUAAUGUAAAAAUGUAUUCCUCUUUAGCUAGUUUCAGUCUGUUUGAGGUUUUUUUUUUUUUUUUUUUAUAUGCACACUUUUUGUAUUGAUUCUAUACUGUAAGAUCUAUUUGGGCAUUGUCCCACCACAAUCACUGUGCCUUAGCUAGCUUUGUCUCCAUUGUGUUUGGAGACCAGUUACUACUUUUCUCUUUAGUUGCCUUCAGUGGUUCUGCAGUGUAUUUGUACAGGGGUCUGUACAAUACCGAUGCAUGCUAGCAUACUUCCACAACAGGCCUUAUAACCGGGUUUUUCUUUACCUGGAAGCUUUUGUCCAAAUUUAAAAUAAGGCAAGAAAAGGGCAUUGUGGUUGCCCUUUGUCAAUGUAGACACUUCAGUAGUCAAAUAUUUUUUUGGCUGUUCAUACUUGAUGAGGACAGUUUUGCUUAUGUAGCAAAUGUCCCCCCCCCCCCCCCCCCCCCCCCCCC